CUAGAUUGCGGCGUCGUUUGAAAGAAACUGUAAACUAUUACCAAUACCAACGCAGCAGCCACAAAACGAAAUUGGUAAAAAUAAGCAACAAAAGCCAAGUGAAAAUUGUUAUAGAAAAAACUAUAAUCUUCCCUUGCGCGGCACACAACAGGCCAUUGUCGCACACCCAGCCAGAGAUUGGUAUUUUCGGUUAAUUUUGCGGGUAAAAUCAGGGACGCGACCAGACCAGCAAAGGGGCACGGGACCAGCAAACACAAUCAUGACGUUGCCGCGCUCGGAGACGCCACUGCGUCGAUCUGCGGUGGGCAGCUACCGCGAGAGCAUGGCCCGGGACAUAACCGUGAUCAAUGACGAUGAGGCCGAGCGGCGGGAGGCACGCCGGCGUACGCUGCUGGUGCAGCAGGACACGCGCAAGAGCUCAGCGCUGGAGUCCAUUGAGGAGAACGAGGCGAUACGCUCCUGCGUGGAUCUGUACAAUUGCAAUAAGCUGAGCAAAGACAAUGCCUGGCACAUGUCGCUGAUUGAUUCGCUGGCCAAUCUAAUGGAUCGCCAUCACAAGAAGCUAAGCAACUUCAAGAUGGCUGGCUCUUCGCUGGAGGCCUCGUCCAAGGUCUACGGCCUGCGUGUGGACUCUAUUUACAUCGAUGCCAUGCGCAUAUCGGCGGGUCUGAGUGCCCGCACCUUGACGGACAAGCAGAUCAACGAUGCCGAUGCGGACGAUGGGGGCUCGCCAGAUGGAGCGCCAGGUGAUGGCGAAGGUGGCGAUGCAGCUGCCAGUAAACAGCAGAAGGCAGCGGCACCCAAGCCCAAGCGACAGAAGAAGAAUGUCUCAACGCUGACCAAGAACAAGGAGACGUUGAAUGCCCGUUUGGACAUGAUGCCCAUGCAGGAUGCGGUCUUUGGAAAGCUCAAUUCGACGGUGGGCUCCAUCAAUGCCUCCAAUCGACUGAUGCACAACAUACUGCCCAGUAUGGAUUCGGAGCUGAGGCUGCGCACCACCUACAAAAUGUGGGACGCGACGGAGGACACGGACGAGCUGAUGGAUAGCGAAACGCUGAGUGCCAGCGGGCAGGAGUGGCCCGACGAUGCCUUGUGCAGUGCGGAAUGGCUCUAUAAACUGGUCAAUCAUGCCGAUAAUCUAGUUCUGCGGCCACUCCACACGGGCUAUGUGAUCACCAGUGCUCCGAAUCCCAAGCACCAGGCGGAUAAGUCGCUGACAUCCAUGUCAGAGACGGCGGCGGCGCCCGGCACAAAUGAGGACGACGAUGAGGGACUGGAGAAUGCGGAUGAUUUCUGUAUGAAUCCCACAGAGAUAUCCGUGGCCUUUGACAUGAAUGCCGAGUGCGAGCCCAUGCCGGAUAUGGAAGCAGGUCCACCCAUUGUUCUCGAAAUACCAUCGAAUGAUUUGGAAGAGCUCACCGCCGAGGAGCAGACGGUCAUCAAUAAUUGCCGACGGCUGAGGAAAACCGCCGAAUUCAUUGACGAUCUGCGACCGGUGGACGGUGUCUCACGGCUGGACUACUCCUACCGACCCAUGGAGCAGAUCUCACAGUUUUGGGCGGGUCCAGCGCAUUGGAAAUUCAAGCGCACUCGGCCGCGCACCACUCUCGCCCAGACGAACGGGUCAACGGACGCUGUGACUGCGGCCAAACCAAAGAAAUCGGCUGCAGUGGCCGCCAAGCGACGCAUGAAGGAGGUGAACUAUGGCAAGUUCAAGGAGGAGUUCUUCCAGCCGCUCGAUGCGAACAUCAAGCAGCGAAAGGCCAACUAUCAAAAGAAAUGGGAUGCCCGCAAGCUGAUGCUGCCCACAAAAUUUAACUUUGAGGACGAAUACUUUUUCAAAUACGAUUCGGCGCCGAGCAUCAAAGUGAGCCAGCGUUACGGUGAGGCCGAUCUGGACGAGGGACUGGGCAAUGACAUGGACAUGGAUGAUGGCGGCUCCUCACAUCAUGGCGAUGCCGACAUAGAGCUCUUUGACAAUGAACAUUUCACCACAGACGAUCCGCAGGUGGCAACAAAUCGAAUGUCGGGUGCGGGCAUUGAGGAUCCCAUGGACAUGAUGAAUGUGGAUUCGUGCGAGGGUACGCCCAAUCAGAGCCAAAACAUGCAUCUGGGACACGAUACAAUUGUGGAGAUUGCGACCGAAUACGAAGGUGCACCCAAGCAGGUCACCAAAGUGAUUGUGCCAUUCGCCAAGCGUGCCAAGGUGAUAGACAUGAAGAAUCUCAAGAAGAGCUGCAAUUCCCUGAUCCAGAAGCAGCUGCUCAAUGCUGUCGAUGAGGCUGCCAUACCCGUUCAUCCCGUGCCAAAGGAUGAACAGUACUCCAAGGGUGUGGCCAGCUUCCAGGAGAUUUACCGUACGCUGCCCGAUCUGUUGACGGCCAAAAUGGCAGAUUCUUUGUCCCCAUCGGUGGCCCUCUAUGCGGUGCUCCAUUUGGCCAACGAUAUGAAACUGCGACUCAUUCCGCAAGAGAAUUUAGAGGAUUUUCAAAUUCGACAAGUUCUGGAUUAGCAUUUUAUGACGAAACGUUUUUUAAUCGUACACCUACACCCUACACCUACACUUACAUACCCCUCACCCUCCAGUGUUUGUGUUUCUUUAAGCUGACGAAUCGUAUAGUUAAUUUCGUACCCUCGAGCGCUGUAUCAGUAUUGCCCACCCCACUCCAUACCAAUUUUAAGCACAUUUUCAUGCAAAACAAACAAACAAACAAACAAACAAACAAAAAACGAAACAAAACGAAGCAGGGAUCAUCUCCGAUGUGUUGUGUUCUCUGAUGAUUUUUUUAGUUCUAUCUCUCAAGCGGUACCCGUUUUAGAACAUAUCUAAACAUUAAUAAAUGAAUAUUUUUAAUAAUA